AUGGCAAUUGUUGAGGGGUUCGAGCGAGGACUCCCGCCGUAUAUCUAUAGGGCGGUUCAUAUCCUCAAGCUUACUACUUUCUCAGAGGUGUUAGAUUGGGCAUUGUGGGCGGAGCAUGGCAAUGCCCACAUUCGUGAGGAGCGAGAGGCGUCCGAGAAGGACGGGGGUAAGAAGCGUGCCCCUGAUGGUUCGGGAGGUCAGUCGAGGUCGAGGAAGCCUCCGAAGUAUCCACGAUCGCAGUCCAAGGGUCAUGGGGCUCGGCGAUGCAUUAUUUGUGGUGGUGAUCAUGACCCGAGACGUUGUAAGCAGAAGGAGGGGAGAUGCUUCGCGUGUGGCCAGGCGGGACACAGUCGUUACUGUCCAGGAAGGACCUCGCCUGCCCCGUCGAUUGCAUUAGCUCCAGCGACACCGCGCUAUUAUGGAGGAGCUCCACCUACUGCUGCCUCUACUGGACGUGCUAUGGCGCCGCGUCAGCUUAAGGUGACCCGGUUGGCUCCGAGCGGACCGGUAUUCGCCGCUCAAGCCGAGAAACCUGCUGAGGCCGAGGAGCGCAACGUCGUGGCAGGUGCUACGCAUUCGUUUAUCAGUAUACCAUUUGCUGAGAUGCAUGGCAUAGAGGUUCAACUGAGUAAGAGUACUUGGCGGGUUGAAGCCCCCGAGCGUGUAUUUACUAUCCGGAAGGAGUGUUUGGCGUGUCCGGUUCAAGUGGGCAACUGGAUUAUGCCGACACAUUUGUUGGUGCUCAAAAGGUUGAAGGGUUUUGAUCUGAUAUUGGGUAUGGAUUGGCUCUCGAAGUACUAUGCAUCUAUCGAUUACAAGAGCAAGGUUAUUACCUUUCGCGAGCCAGGACAGGAGGAGUUUAUUUAUCGAGCUUGCCAGAGCUCGUGCUUCGCCAUGACGGUUUCGGCAUCUAGGGCGAGGAAGCUAGUUAGCAGCGGUUGCGCAGCUUAUUUGACUACCGUUUUGGAGGCUGAUCAGGAGACUCCAGCACUUGAGAGUAUGUCGGUGGUUCGGGAGUUUUCGGAUGUGUUUCCCGCGGAAUUACCGGAGAUACCGUCGGAUCGGGAGAUCGAGUUCGUGAUAGACUUGGUUCCCGGGACCGCGCCGAUAUCAAAGGCUCCAUACCGUAUGGCACCGGUUGAAUUGAAAGAGUUGAGGGCUCAGUUGCAAGAUCUCCUCGACAAAGAAUUCAUUAAGCCAAGUGUAUCACCGUAG